UUUGCAAAAUUCCAAUUGGGCAAGCAUGGUCCGAAGACGAAAACAGAGCGUAGUAAGGCGGAGGAGCUGCCUAAUUUCAGAUGAUGUAGGCCCCAUUCUCGGCGGCGAGCCCCUAUCCCUGGGCCAGAUGGCCCGCAUGUGUGAGCUCAUAACUAAGUUCACAGGGAUGAAAGUAUAUUGCCUUGACUCGUUGCCUGCAAAGUGGAAGGUAAAGCAACAGCGUCACGCUUUUCUGUUGCUUGAUAAUCAUACGCGUUGGAUUUGUUGCUACAACGACGGCAAAACCGAAAUCAGCCAGUACAACACCAACGAGUCAACAGACACAACGGCCAUCACCACCAGGCUUCUUGAGGCUUAUAACCUGCAACCUUUCGAGUUGACCAAGGCCAUCGUUAGGUCAGACGUCCCCUCUUCAAGUUCGGACGUUGACUCUGGCUACGUGGCGAUCGCGGUUUCGGCUCAGCUUGCGAGCAAUAUUCCGCCGACUGAACUCGACCCAACUGCCAUCAGAAGGAACGUGGUUCGAGUGCUCUACUGGGGCAAACUCAAUGGCUUCCCUGAUUACGUAGAAGCAACAAGUUGCUGGAAAACAGUUGUCAAGCCUGAGGAGGUAUUGUUUCGCAACUUAUUUGACGCGUAUGAAAAACUGAACAGUUUUGCCGACCCACCAAUUGACAGUUAUAAUUGGAAAGAAGAGAUCGUCAAACCAGUCUCACAAUCAGUCAUGUCGCCUGGGAGGGUAGUCCCCAUCUCGUCGCAGGAGGAUACGAGCUCCACCGAGGAGGAAUCGGUUCCGAAUCGGAAAAAAAUGGUCGUGGCCCAGCAUCCAGAGCCAUUAAUUGAGUUUCCAGAUCCAGACAAGGAAUCGCAGCGGGUUAUGGCAUACGAAGCAGGGCCCUUUGCUUCCAAAGUCAGCAGGGCCACUGAAGGAAUUCUGGACCGCAACAACAUUAAAUAUGUCCAGUAUGAGCGCAUCACAAAGGAAAUCCAUUACGUUCGUCCGAAGCCGGACAAAAGCAACGAGUAGUACCGCAAAAAUAAAUAUA